UUUUUUUUAUUAUACUAUUCAAAAGUUUUUUUCUUUAAAUUAAUUUAUUAAAAUUUUUUUAAUGUUGCAGUGCCACAACCACCAAAUGCUGCUUUGCAGCAAUUAGCAUCGCGACGAUCUCCGAUGGCUGACCUGCCACGACGAUCUCCGGCGGCUAACCUGCCACGACGAUCCCCGGUGGCUGACCUACCACAACGAUCCCCGGUGGCUGACCAGCCUCGACGAUCCUCGACGGCUGAGCAGCCGCAGAGAUCUUCGACGGCUGAGCAGCCGCAGAGAUCUUCGACGGCUGAGCAUCCUCGACGAUCCUCGGCGGCUGACCCGACGCAGCGAUCUCCGACGGCUGACCCGCCACGGCGAUCCCCAAUGGCUGAGCAGCCUCAGAGAUCUUCGACGGCUGAGCAUCCUCGACGAUCCUCGGCGGCUAAUCCGGCGCAGCGAUCCCCAAUGGCUGAGCAGCCUCGGCGAUCUUUGACGGCUAAGCAGCCUCGACAAUCUUCGGUGACCCGAAGAAGACGGUCUCGGUCGAGCUCAAGUUCUAGCUCGAGUUCGAGCUCGAGUUCGAGCUCUAGUUUGAGCUCUAGUUCGAGCUCCAGCUCUAGCGGAACAUGUACAUCUGUUAAAAGUAUACGCGAUCUCAAGCCGAUUCCUAAGAUCGCGUCCUCGAAUAUGAAGAGAAAAGUAAAUGAUCAAAAAGGCAACGAGCAGAAGAAGAAAAAGGUAGGAGAGAGAGAGACGUCACCAAAACCAGGAACAUCUACAAUGACUUCAGAGGUUACGAGACCAGUACCGAGACGUGGUAUUUUGCAAUUAAAAAGGACUGAUAGUAAACAGCAGCAGCAACAACAGCAACAGCAGCAGCAACAACAGCAGCAGCAACAGCAGCAGCAACAGCAGCAGCCACAGCAACACCAGCAACAGCAGCAGCAACAGCAGCAGGAACAACAGCAGCAACAGCAACAGCAGCAGCCACAGCAACAGCAGCAACAGCCGUCACAGCAACAACAGCAACCUCAGCAGCAACAACAACGCAAUUUACCGCGGAUUAUAGAUGAUGAGAUAAUAAUAGAUCACUAGAAGAGGAAGAAACUGAAGCUAGAGUUGA